AAAGUCUACCCCCCUUCUUUUUUUAAGUUUCUCUCUUCCCCACUAUCUAUCUUUACAAAUCAUUACAACCCUUAUUCCCCUCUCCUUACUUAGCUUAGUUUUCUUUUGCUUCCAUUUUUUCUUGGCUUCAAGCUAAUUUCCAUCUCAAGAAAGUAGUAGAAUUGAAGUUAAAGAAUCUACAUGGAUCAAGUGAACCAUUCACUCCCUCCUCCUUUCCACACUAGAGAUUUCAACUUGCAUCAAUUCCAUCAAACCUCAGAAGAUGAACAAAGUGGGACAAGUGGUCUCAACAUGUCCGGCCAGAAGCGAGAUCGCGAUGACAACAACAACAACAAUAACAACGAAAAUUCAAACGGUGGGGAAUCAAAAGACGGAUUAGGCAUGACAGGAAAUUCUGGAGAAGGAGAGAUCACUAGAAGACCUAGAGGAAGACCAGCUGGAUCCAAGAACAAACCUAAGCCACCAAUCAUCAUAACUAGAGACAGUGCAAAUGCUCUUAGAACGCAUGUGAUGGAAAUUGCUGAUGGUUGUGAUAUUAUGGAGAGCAUAUCAAAUUUUGCAAGGAGAAAACAAAGGGGGGUUUGUAUUAUGAGUGGGACUGGUAUCGUUACUAAUGUUAAUUUGAGACAACCAGCUGCACCAGGUGCAAUUGUAACAUUACAUGGUAGAUUUGAGAUUUUAUCCUUAGCCGGAUCAUUUCUUCCACCACCAGCACCUCCAGCAGCUUCAGGCUUGACUAUAUAUUUAGCUGGUGGACAAGGUCAAGUUGUUGGUGGUAGUGUUGUAGGUGCACUUAUGGCAUCUGGACCAGUUGUGAUUAUGGCUGCUUCGUUUAGCAAUGCUGCUUAUGAAAGACUUCCGUUAGAAGAAGAUGAUCAAAAUCUGCUUCCAGUUCCAGGAGGAGGGUCACUAGGAUCUCCUCCUGGAAAUGUCGGAGGACCAGGACAACAACAACAGCAACAACAACAACAAUUGAUGGCGGACCCAUCUCUAUUUCAUGGGAUGCCACCGAAUCUUCUCAACUCCAUUCAAUUACCUUCUGAACCCUAUUGGGCAACCGGCAGACCUUCAUUCUAACUAGCUGGCUCUUUCAACGACAUUUGACAAAAUUGAAACGAUACAGAGAAGAUUAACAUGGCCCCUGACUAGUUGAAAUUCAGAAAAGGGGUAAUUAUUUUCUCUUGAUUUACUUGUUUAAUUAGCUUAAACUCUUGGUCUCUCUCCUUUCUCAUCAAGAACACUUGGAGAUGAUUUUUGGGAAAGGGUUUUUCGAGUUGUUGACUAUUUGAAGUUUCUUCAUAAUUCUUUCCUUUCAAUUACUUCACACUUUUUGAGUUUAGUUUUUUGCAUUUUCAGCUAGGGUUUUGGAUUGUGAUAAUGAAUUUGAUUAUGAUAUGAUCAUGAUGUGGCUGUAAUUUGAAUCAAAUGAAGUUAACUUUGUAAAUUCAAUGUUUUCCUGA